UCUCCCACCCCUCCAGUCCUCUCGCGUCGCCGGGUCGCCCACAUCCUUUCCGAUCUAAACCUCCGUCUGGUUGCCGAAACCCUAGAGACCGCCGCCGCCGCCGCCGCCGUUCCCCAUGGGAGCCCCCAUGGUGGCCCCCAUGCUCCUCCUCCCCGCGCCGGACGGCGACGGCGACCACCAGCAGCAACAGCAGAUGUCUCCCGCGUCCGCCGGCGCCGCCCCCUCCAAGCCCGAGCCCGCGCCGACGGUCGCCACCCAUACGCGCACCAUCGGCAUCAUCCAUCCGCCGCCCGACAUCCGCGUGAUUAUCGAGAAGACGGCCACCUUCGUCGCCAAGAACGGUCCCGAGUUCGAGCGCCGCAUCGUCGCCCACAACCAGGGCAACGCCAAGUUCAACUUCCUCCAGUCCUCCGACCCCUACCACGGCUACUACCAGCACCGCAUCUCCGAGCUCGCCGCCCAGCCGCCUACCACCGACGCCUCCGCCGCGCCGGAGUCCGAGGAUGGCCAGCAGCUCCCAUCCGACUCCGCCGCACCUGCUGAUGGCGCCGAUGCGAAGCCCGACCACUCUGCACCCUUCCGCAUCCCGCCGCCGACCAAGGUGCUGGUGCCACCCAAGGCGGAGCUCUACACGGUGCGGCUGCCUGAAGGGAUCACCGGGGAGGAGCUGGACAUCAUCAAGCUGACCGCGCAGUUUGUGGCACGGAAUGGGAAGAGCUUUCUGACGAGCCUGGCUCAGCGAGAGAGCAACAAUCCGCAGUUCAACUUCAUCCGGCCCACGCACAGCAUGUUCACUUUCUUCACAAUGCUAACAGAUGCAUACUCGAGGGUGCUGAGGCCGGAAGAGGGUGUGCCUGCUUUGAUUAGGGAGCUGCAGGAGGGGUCGAAGGACCUCACUACGGUGCUGGAGCGGUGCCUGAACCGGUUGGAGUGGGACCGGUCGCAGGAGCAUGCAAAGCAGCAGGCAGAGGAUGAGAUUGAACUGGAGAGAAUGCAAAUGUCCAUGAUUGAUUGGCAUGAUUUUGUUGUUGUUGAGACAAUUGAGUUUGCAGAUGAUGAGUUUGAAGGGCUUCCGGUGCCACCUACGCUAGAAGAAUUGAAGCGUCGGAAGAGGAUGGAGACCUUGGGAGAGGAGGAACCCAUGGAAUUGGCUGAACCAGCUAAGGAUGUUGAGAUGGAGAUGGACGAGGAGGAGAUGCAACUUGUUGAGGAAGGAAUGAAGGCAGCAAGGCUCGAGGAGAAUGAAGGGGGAGCACAAGUUAAGGUCGCGGGUGACGAGGAGCCGCCUAUGAGAAUUGUCAAGAACUACAAGAGGCCUGAGGAGAGGAUCCCUGCAGAGAGGGACCCGACCAAGUUUGUUGUCUCGCCAAUAACCGGAGAGCUCAUUCCGAUCAGCGAGAUGGAGGAACACAUGCGCAUCUCGCUCAUUGACCCUAAGUACAAGGAGCAGAAAGAGAGGAUGUUGGCCAAGAUUAAGGAGACUACACUUGCUCCUGAUGAUGAAAUCUCUCGUAAUAUUGUGGGUCUUGCCCGUACUAGGCCAGAUAUUUUUGGAACAACCGAGGAAGAGGUUUCCAAUGCUGUCAAGGCAGAAAUUGAAAAGAAAAAGGAUGAGCAGCCGAAGCAGGUCAUUUGGGAUGGUCAUUCGGGUAGUAUUGGUCGGACUGCCACUCAGGCAAUGUCUAUGGGUGGCGAGGAACAAGUUGAUGCUUCAAAUGUUCCAGGUCCUGCUCCACUUCCGCGGGCUGGCAUGCCGUUGCCCCGGCCUCCUCAACCACUUUCUUUGGUUAAUGUUCCCCGAUUCACGCCGAAUCAAAUGCCUUAUCAUGUGCAACCCCCAGUUCAUCAUAUGCAAGGAGUUCCACAUAUGAUGUCCAACAUGCAUCCACCGCCACCACCACCAGGUCAACAGCAGAUGAUUAGGAUGCCAGGUCCAAUGAUUCAUAUGCCAAACAAUAUCCCUCCGCCUCCAGGUCAUAAUACUCAGUUCAUGGCUGGUCCACCACGGUUCCCUAUGCCCCCACCAUCUCACAUGCAGGCCAUGCCAACCAUGGUCAGCCCCAUGGGAAUUCCCCAGCCUCCACCACCUUUGCCUCCGCAGCCACCUGCUGAGGAACAACCACCUCUACCAGAUGAACCAGAACCUAAGAGGCAGAGAACAGAUGAUGCUUCUCUUAUCCCAGCAGAGCAGUUCCUUGCUCAGCAUCCGGGCCCUGCUCGCAUUUCGGUUUCCGUGCCCAACCUUGAUGAAGGAAAUUUACGAGGCCAAGUUUUGGAAAUCAAUAUCCAAUCACUCUCAGACACAGUUGGCAGUCUGAAGGAGCAGAUCGCCGGAGAGCUGCAGCUUCCUGCUAAUAAGCAGAAGCUGAGUGUGAGGACUAGUUUCCUCAAAGACAAUCUUACUCUUGCUUAUUACAAUGUUGGUCCAGGUGUGGUUAUCAAUCUGGCUCUGAGGGAGCGUGGUGGGAGAAAGAAAUGAGCUCCUCUUUAUCCAGACUCACUUGCGGACCAAUCCUUACCAUCAUCCUUUAGUGGUUAUCAUGGAGAUUUUUCUUUGUUGGUUCCAGCCUUCUGGAUUCUUGUAUUAUGCUUUUUAUAAGUCCAGCACUAUAACUUGCAGUAUUUGACCUUCCGACUUGCCUAUGAUUUCUUAAUGUGGUUACAUAUUGUGGGGGUGUUUAUCCUUGAAAUUAUCAUUACUUGAGGGAACUAAUGGUGAAACCUACUUGGCGGGCUACUUGAUAUUACUGCAGAGUUCAGGUGCCUGCCAUAGCUUCUCCUGUUUGGCCUUAUGCUUCUGCACUGCAUUGGUAAAGAAUAACAUGGCAUCCAUCAGAGAUAACAGCCGCCAGUAUCUUUUAACUCGUAGGAUACAUUUUAUAUGGUCUCAAUUCUGAAUGAGCUGAUGGUCAUUUCCUAUCCUCAUUUUGUCUGGCGCACUAAGAUUUGUAUCAGCAUGUGCAGAACAAAUUGUUGUAUGCUAGCCACGUUUUGGUUUUGUA